GGACGCCGGUGUGUCUACCUCCGCUUCGCGCCCCGCCCCCGCCUCCGCCGCGGCCUCCGCCUCCGUCUCCUCUAUCUCCCGCUGUCACUGCCGCCCCUCCCCGGCCCCGCGAGCGGCCGCGGAGCCGCCGCCCAGACCCUGUCGCGCGGGAGGCGGGAUCCGCACGAAAUAAAUCAUAAUGAGUUACGCAGAAAAACCUGAUGAAAUAACCAAAGAUGAAUGGAUGGAAAAGCUCAAUAACUUACAUGUUCAGCGAGCAGACAUGAACCGUCUCAUCAUGAACUACCUCGUCACAGAGGGUUUUAAGGAAGCAGCAGAGAAGUUUCGAAUGGAAUCUGGGAUUGAACCAAGCGUGGACCUAGAAACACUUGAUGAGCGAAUCAAGAUUCGGGAGAUGAUUCUGAAGGGUCAGAUCCAGGAAGCCAUUGCCCUGAUCAACAGCCUCCACCCAGAGCUCUUGGACACAAACCGAUAUCUUUAUUUCCACCUUCAGCAACAACACUUGAUUGAGCUUAUUCGUCAACGUGAGACAGAAGCAGCGUUGGAGUUUGCGCAGACACAACUGGCAGAGCAGGGCGAGGAAAGCAGAGAGUGCCUCACAGAAAUGGAGCGAACACUGGCCUUGCUGGCCUUCGAUAGCCCUGAGGAGUCACCUUUUGGAGACCUUCUCCACAUGAUGCAGAGGCAAAAGGUGUGGAGUGAAGUUAACCAGGCUGUUCUGGAUUAUGAAAAUCGGGAGUCUACACCCAAGCUGGCAAAAUUACUGAAACUGCUACUUUGGGCUCAGAAUGAGCUAGACCAGAAGAAAGUAAAAUAUCCCAAAAUGACAGACCUCAGCAAAGGUGUGAUUGAGGAGCCUAAGUAGAGCCUGUGCACGGACCCAGCACUGUCAACCAGCACAGGACUCAUUCCCUUCUGGCUGUGACUAGCUGAUUUGUCACUGCAGUAGAGAACUUUCCCCCUGUAAUUUUCUUUGGCCCUUAUUGUUUAAAAAGGGGAAAUGGCCUUUUUAAACCCUGGCAAACCCAUGAUGGAAGACGCUGCCUCUGCCAUGCCCUGCGUCCUGAGGGCUGCACGCUGCAGUUGACUAUCCCGAUGCUUCCGGUAUUGCUGGCUCUAGAAGAUGUGGCUCGCCACAUGUGUGCUGCAUUGCUAGGGAGUGUCAUUUCAGCUGAAGGCCUCACGCUCACAGCUUAGGAAAGCACUGAUGUUCUUUUGCUUUCUGCUAUGGUGCAGGCCGGCAGUGUUUAUUUUCCUAGGUCUUAUCGGGCCUUCACAUUUUUUUCCUUAACCCUCUUCUUUUCUUCCUUUUUCCUCCUCUUUUUGUUCCUUCAUAGGAAAGAAUAUAUAAAUUUGUAAAUCUUAAUUCAAAGAUAACUUGUGUGCGGGUAUUGAGUUUGAUUUAGUUCUGUACUUUUUGGUUUGGGCUGUGUGCCUUGUGGGAGGGCACGUGUGUGUGUGUGUGUAUGUGUGAGGGAUGAGGCUGUGUUUUCUUAAUUUUUUAAAUAUAUUUUUUGGUGCUGUA